AUGAACGGGGACCUCAGCCUAUCCCGGUCCCUGGGAGGCCUCCGAAUAGCCAAUCCGGACGACCCGGCCCUUCAAUCCCCCGAGGACACAACCGCUGGUUCAACGGGACCAAACCAAGCCGGAGCACCGGGCGGUACGGUAUCAACACCUCCACAAGGCCCCGAUCUCAACUCAGAUGACGACUCGCGCCCGUCUGCCUUCCCUCCAGCACCCAUCGAUUCGCCGCCAUCAACAGAUCCCCGGUCUCAUCCCUUCCCCGACAUCCACCAGUCAACGCCGGGCCCAACUACCUAUACGGCCUAUUCGACACAACCCCAUUCGUCGCCCGCCUCCCGUCCCCUUUCAUCUCUCUACACGAAUGGGUCGUCUGCCUCCGCCCUUCCCCGUGACAAUACCUACCGUAUGCGGACCGAUUCGGGUGCCUCAUCGACUUCCGGCUCGCAGUCGCGGGUAGACCGCGGUGGCUCGGCGGCGUUGCAAGCAGGCGUUCCCGUGCGCGACAACUCUCACAGUGACCGGUCGUACCGGACAACGCAGAUUCCACCGAAUGCACCGGCGGUGAUGUCUCGUCAGUCAUCACGAGCACACGUUCACGGCGGUGGAGCGUCCCAGGUCCCUCGGUCUUACACGGAGACUGCCGUGCCAUCCAGCGGCGAAGACUGGUCGGAUCGGGGUGCGGCGGUCGCGGUGAGGCAAGAGGUCGAUGCGAAUGGCAAGACCGUCGCUCGCUUCAUCAAGAAGGGUGUGCGGGAUUUUUCUUUCGGGAAUACCCUGGGCGAAGGAUCUUACAGCACGGUGGUCUUCGCGACGGACCGGCAGACCUUGAAGGAAUAUGCAAUCAAGAUCCUGGACAAGCGACACAUUAUCAAGGAGAAGAAGGUCAAAUAUGUCAAUAUCGAAAAGGAUACGCUCAACCGUCUGACCGACCACCCGGGAAUCGUGCGGCUUUAUUACACGUUCCAAGAUGAGCGGUCGCUCUAUUUCGUGCUGGAUCUGUGCAAAGGAGGCGAGCUGCUCGGCGUGCUCAAGCGGAUGAGUACUUUUGACGAAGAAUGCACCCGGUUCUACGGCGCCCAGAUUCUGGACACGAUAGACUAUAUGCACAAGCGUGGAGUGAUUCAUCGGGAUUUGAAGCCGGAGAAUGUCCUGCUUGACAGCCAGAUGUAUGUCAAGAUUACAGAUUUCGGGACGGCAAAGAUUCUCAAGAACCCACGACGACCGGACGAGAAUUCGACGGACAUGCCGCUGAUCGACUCGACGGAGAUCCCGGACGACGAACGGGCCAGUUCCUUUGUCGGGACUGCGGAAUAUGUCAGCCCGGAGCUGUUGACAGACAAAAAUGCGUGCAAGGCAAGCGACCUCUGGGCUUUUGGCUGCAUCAUCUACCAGCUCCUGGCUGGUCGUCCGCCGUUCAAGGCAGGCAAUGAGUACCAAACAUUCCAAAAGAUCGUUGCGCUGGACUAUGAAUUUCCCAUUGGAUUUCCGACCGUUGCCCGAGACCUUGUUGAGCGUCUUCUCGUGCUGGAUCCGGCUUGCCGUCUGCCAAUCGAGCACAUCAAGAACCAUGAAUUCUUUGCUGGCAUCACGUGGGGUGCGGACUUAUGGAAACGCAAAGCGCCUCGUUUGAAGGCUUAUGUACCGCCCGCACGCGAGCCCAUCAAGCUCAAUGGCGGCGAAGGCGCCGACAACUUCCCUCCAGCCAUCUCCACUGCCCCGUCCAAUACAACCAACGCGAGCUCUCGUGCACUCCCACGAGUAGUAACGGAGCUUCCCCCGCCAAGCCAGCUGGACAUCGAAUGGUCUCCAGUGUUGAGCAGGUCGAACGAACGGAUUUUGAAAUUGGGUAACCUUACGGUGGUAUCUUCCCAUGCAUCCCAUAGUCCGACAUCAAGAAACAGCAGCGGGGAGCUCGAGGCGCCCAAGAAAUUCUCUCGUUUCUUUUCGGGAAGCGCAACAAAGAAGAGACAACGAUUGGUGAUGGUCACGUCGUCGGGACGGAUAAUCCUGGCCGCAUCUGGCGGCGACGAGAAGAAGGCGAAACUGGAGAUCUCUCUUCUUGCCCCGGGGACUCAGUAUCGAAGUACAACAGACUCAAAGGGCUUUUCGUCCUGGAUCGUGGAUACAGUAAGGCUCUUCCGUCAAGCAGCGAACCAAUAUGAUACUGACGUCGGAUUACAGAGAGAGAAGCAUUAUGUCUUCGAAGACCCCAAACCGUCCUCGAGCAACAUCGGCGCCACAGCAGUCUCCGCACAAGAAUGGCUAGAUGCGCUAGACAGGGCGCGCGAAAUGGCCAUGACGCAACAAAGUUCCGGCACCUACUCCGCCGACGACGCAUUCCGGGAUAUCUCGUCUGGCUUUUCAAGCCAUGCCAACACUCUCGACCGCAAUUCAGAUCCCCAGACCGAAAGCGGCGGCCACGCUCCAGGGCGUAACCAUCUUGUGAAACACCAAGCCACCGACUCGGAGUCGACCAAGGGGAAGAAGAGAUUCAGCAAGCGCCAUUCCAAGAACGGGCUUGCAGCUGUGUUCUAG